GUCUGUGCGUCGCGUUUGUAGACGCGUGAGUAUUGCGCAGACGUGGCGAACGUCAACACAUUUGUUCACAUGACGUGUUCACCGAAACGAUGGACAUUCGUCUCGUGCUUUUCGUCUUCGCUUUGGUCUACUUUUCGGUGAUUUCGGUCGCGUUUUCGGCGCCCGUGGACCCCAAGAAGGAGGCUGUGGUGGGAGGAGGUGUGGGGGGCGACGGAGAGCACGCGGCGGACGACCAGAAGAUUCGCUCCGAAAUCGACGAUUUGGUAGGUCUGGAAUACGGCCGAUAUUUGCAACAAGUCGUGGAAGCGCUCGAGGAGGACAAGGAGUUCGCCAAGAAGUUGGAGAACGUGUCGCAGGACGAGAUCAAAAACGGCGCGAUUGCGAGAGAAUUGGAUUUCGUUUCGCAUUCCGUUCGCAACAAAUUGGAUGAAUUGAAGCGAAUAGAGAUCGAGAGGUUGCGGUCUUUGGCGCGCAAAGAGAAGGCGUUGGAGGAGGCGGGCGCUGGGGGUGGAGACGCCGAGCACGUGGAUCACGGGAAUCCCCAUUCGUUCGAAGCGCAAGACUUGCAGAAACUGAUAGUUUCGGCGACAAAGGAUUUGGAAGCGUUGGACGCGAAGAGACGGCAGGACUUCAAGGAAUACGAAAUGGAAAAGGAUUUGCGAUAUCAGGAGGCGUUGCAUAACAUGACGGCAGAGGAGAGGGCGGCGACGGAGCGCAAGAAGGCGGAGAUGGAGGCGAAGCACAAGGAGCACCCGCGGGUCCACCAUCCGGGCUCGAAGAAGCAGUUGGAACAGGUGUGGGAACAACAGGACCAUAUGCCGCGCGAAGAGUUCAAUCCGAAGAUCUUCUUUACUAUGCAUGACGUGAAUGGCGACGGAUUUCUGGAUCCGCAGGAAGUGGAAGCGAUUCUGUCGGUGGAGAUCCGGAAGAUGUAUUCGGAGAAGAACGCGGAGGACGACCCGAACGAGAUGCAGGAGGAGUACCACCGGAUGCGCGAACACAUCUACAAGGAGGCCGACGUGAAUCGGGACGGCCUCAUCUCGAAGAAGGAGUUCCUGGAGUUCACGUCGCGAAUGGAGUUCGAGAGGGACGACGGCUGGAAGGGUUUGGACGAAACGCGCGUUUAUUCGGACGACGAGUUGCGACAAUACGAGCGACAGCGACAACAACAGCAACAGCAGGGACGACACCAUCAACAACAGAUGGCCGACCAGUACGGCGCGUACCAACAAUACGAACCGCAGUAUUAUCCGCAGGGCUAUCAUUACCCGCAACAGGGCUUCCAACAGAUGGCGCCAGAAGUGAGUGCAGAGGAGCGAAGAAGUCAUUUCGCUCAACAGCAACAAUACGGCCAACAAUACGGGCACCCAAUGGCGGGACAGCAUCCGAUGGGCGGUCAGCCAAUGGGAGGCCAACACCAACAGCCAAUGGGUGGUCAGCAGGCGAUCGGUCAUCAGCCAAUGGGAGGCCACCAACAGCCGAUCGGUCAGCCAAUGGCGGGACAACACCAACAGCCAAUGGGCGGUCAGCAAAUGGGAGGCCAUCAACAGCCGAUCGGUCAGCCAAUGGGAGGACAACACCCAAUGGCGGGACAGCAACAACCAAUGGGCGGUCAGCAGCACUUGCAGCAGCCGAACCCUCAACUGCACGCUCAACAGCAGCAACAGAUCCAACACCAGUUCCAACAACAACAGCAACAGGCGCUGCACGCGGCGGCGCAACAGCAGCAGUACGGCGGACAACCGCAACAAGUCGUCCAUCAGCAACCACAGGCGCCAGUUGUCCAGAACCAGCAGUUCCAACCGAUGUCACAACAACCCCCCCAACAGGGGGGCCCUCCUUCACCGCAAUCUCAUUCCAAUCACUAAUCGUGUUAAUAAAGAGUAUUUUCAGAGAUUUUAUUACAAAA